GCUCUAAUAAUAUAAUUUUCCCUGGCACGUUCCUUGGAUAUUUUGGCGCCUGCUUUACUCAAACUAUAUAUACACAUCAAACCAAAAGAGUUCGCUUUCAAUUACAAUUAGGCACAACGUUUUGGGGUGGCGAACGAGUUUCCUUGAUAACAUUGAUAUUUCACUAUAUGCGUGCCGACGAAGCCGAUAAGGGCGAAAUCUCACUUAGAAUCUAAAACUCAUUUACAGACAUUUUUUGCCUGUUGAUUCAAGCAUUUUAACGCCUUGUAGAACUGAACGUCGCUCUGUCAACUUUAUAUUUCUUAUAGUUAGUAAUGUUCUAAUUACCUUAUGGAGAAUUUUAUAACAAAUAUACGACUUCUUUGAAAGCAGCACCGCUGGAAAAAAUGAUCGCGGAAGAACCAAGCGCGCUUCAUGAUGGCAUCACAUUCAAUGGCUUUUCGCAGGUUUUACUUUCUGUUCAACCCAUUUCUGAAGAAGAUAACGGCAAAUAAAUGAAAUUGCUUGAAAAAAUUAUCCGUGUUUACAUAAGGGUACCUAAUUAUAAAAAUGCCCGCAUUUAUGCAAAUGUACUUUCACGCAUUUCAGUAACUUAUUUCAGUUGCCCUGCAAACUAACUCCUGGUAGCAUCUUCAAUGAGCAACUAAAGUAGUGAACAUGAAUUUUUCUUCUGCAGACGUGCCGAAUUACACCAGAGUAGAUGUUCUUCCGUCGCAACGUCAAGGGCGUUUCCUUGGUCCCCUACUAGGAUUUUUCCUCGCAACUUUGUUCCCCAGUUUGGCAAUAGCCCGAUUGCAACAGGGAUCUAUUAAAUUCCAGUAUGAUCCUGCGCCAUCGGUCCAUCCCCCUGUAAUUAGUCUAUUUCAAACCCCCCUACCUACUCAGGCGCCUAUCAAAAAGGAGCCUCAAAAGUUUCAGCUCGAAGCGACAGUCCUACCUGGAUAUUAUGCAGAUGGACCAAACGUAGGCCUCACUAAUAUCGGAAGUGCUGAUUAUCUAAUCCCAGCUAACUCUGAUAAGGUAGCGGUGAAACGGGCAGUUUCCUCUAGAAAUGUGCCAGCUUAUAGACGAAAUCGCUACAACCCUCGCAGGAGAUUUCCGGCCUACUUGGACUAUGAGAACUACGACUAUUUGACAAACCUUAGACUGAAAGAUAGGAGACGGAAUCAAGCAAGAAGGCCCGCAGGUCUGAAUUACGACUACGACUAUGACUACUAUUCCCCCGACAGAAACCAAAGGAGGAAGCAGCAAAAGAAAAAAAUAAAAAACAAUAACAGGAACUAUCCAGAUUAUUACAGCGACGAGGAUUUGGACAAUGAUGUUGAACCAGUGACGGUGGGACUUAGACCUAGACAACAACAAACCACUACUGAUAGUACUGAUGCUACUGAUGCAACCACAACGGUUAUCACCAAUGGAACAACCCCGGCAACUACCCCCAGUAGUUCUGCUGCGUCAGGAUAUGGUCCAUACAGCGGGAAUGAAAACAUCAGUAUCACAUACGGACCACCAUCAGCAAUUAAGCCCGUUUAUGGAGUACCUGGCCUGACACCAGGGGCUCCUUUAGGGGAAUGGACGCCAACUUAUAGCUAUGAACCAGCCAGUUCCUACCCUUCGCAACAUCACGGCACCUAUCACAACUCAGCGCCUAUCGUAUACGGGAGUGUAGGCAACUCGUAUGCACCACAAGGAGCCUCUUACUCCCCUAGUGUCUCAUAUGGACUACCGAGCGGCGCUGGUGAUACCCAAAUUAAACCCUACCCGGGUCCUUCGUAUGGUGCGCCAAGCACUUCUUACGGAGUCCCGAGUCGGACUUAUGGAGUGCCUGGACAGUCUUCCAGCCAUUCUCCAGCAUCCUCCAAUGCGAGAGCCAGCAGCUAUUCAAGCUACCAACUGCCCUUUUCCAGCUGGUAUGGAAGAAGUGCUAGUCACAGUGACAUUGUUAGGCGCGUCCAAGAUAUCAUCAAAUAUGACUAGGACUGAUGAUAAUUAUACUGAUUAUUGUUAUUAUUAGACACCAAUGUACAGGGUGUUUGAAAUAAAGGGUGCACUAUU